GUCUGGCCGUCUUCCAGACGUCUCCAAUCGGAGCUCCCAGCGUCUCGGAGAAGAGGAGCAGCACGGCACGGCAGCUGUGGCGAGGAAGGCUCUUGUCCUGUCCCAUCCCAACCCAGCAGCCGUCCAAGGAGGAGGAGAUCCAAUCGGCGUGCAGGCGUCCACCGUCCAUCCAUCGAUCCAAUUCCAAUCUGCAGGUGAGCAGCUCGUUGAGAUUCCCAAUCAACAGCUCGAAUCGCCUGCUCUCCCAUCCUAUUGAAUGAAACUAUGGCCUCUGCGUCGCGGCUUGUUCGUGGAGGAGAGGUUGCUGUGGAACCCGCCGCCAGUUAGCCAUGUCGUCCUCCGUGCUGAGGGCUGCGGCCGACAGGGCUAUUCGCAGGCAGGCCCUCACGCUGACGGACGCCGCGGCGUCCAGGAUCCGGCAGCUCCUCAGCCUCAGGCAGCGGCCAUUCCUGCGGCUCGGCGUCAAAGCGCGUGGUUGCAACGGCCUCUCGUACACGCUCAACUAUGCCGACGAAAAGGGGAAGUUUGAUGAGCUUGUCGAGGAGAAGGGAGUGAAAGUGCUGAUCGACCCCAAGGCUCUGAUGCAUGUCAUAGGCACCAAGAUGGACUACGUUGACGACCCGUUAAAGUCCGAGUUCGUGUUCGUAAACCCGAACUCCAAGGGGGAGUGUGGCUGCGGCGAAUCUUUCAUGACCACGGGCAGCAAAGGGUCGCCAUCGUGAGGCGGCGUCGUCGUCUGUCUGUUGGUGUAAAGCAAACGCGUCCGCCGCAGGAUCCAGAGCUAUACAGGUUCUUUAAGGUUUAUCCUGUAGGCAUCUGUGGCUCCGCCGGAGUCCUUAUAGUUGUAUAAACACAGGGCAGCUGACUCGCAUGUACUUGUAAAUUCACUUGAAAUGUUGACAUGGUCAGGUUUUCCCCCCAUGUUUAUGCGUAUCUGGUAAUCUCACGGUUCAAGGGCUCGAA